CCACGUGAUGUAUCUAUUGGCAGACCCGUGAUUUUCGAUGCCACUUCUCUGUCUUGUGAUUUCAUCUUGAUAGAAAACUCUUACUCGAGCAGACGCGCUCAGUCCUUUGCAGAAACAGGGAAUUAUUUCAAACUGACAUUAACAUAUGUUUAUACGUGAAAGCAUAGCAGAACUACAAUGGCUUGUACUAUGCGCUAUCUAAACAAAGUUGUCAUCGUCACUGGUGGCUCUAAAGGCAUUGGAAGAGGCAUCGUGAAAGUAUUUGUGGAGAACGGGGCCAAAGUUGUGUUCUGCGCGCGAGGUGCGGAAGCUGGUCAGUCUCUCGAGUCUACGCUGAAUAAGGAAGGGCCGGGAUCAUGCUUGUUUGUAUCUUGUGACAUGUCUAAAGAUGAUGACAUCAGACGAUUAAUCAAUGUAACAGUUGAGAGGUUUGGACAAAUAGACUGUUUGGUGAACAACGCUGGGUGGCACCCCCCUCACAAGUCCACAGAUGAAACCACUGCAGAAGAGUUCAGAGAUCUGCUUAAUCUGAACCUCAUAAGUUACUUCCUUGCAUCUAAGUAUGCCCUACCCUACUUGCGCAAAACGCAAGGAAACAUCAUCAAUUUGUCCAGUCUGGUCGCUUCUAUAGGUCAGAAAGAUGCUGCUCCCUAUGUGGCAACCAAGGGGGCGAUCAUUGCCAUAACUAAAGCAAUGGCUGUGGAUGAGAGUCGGUAUCAAGUGCGAGUCAACUGCAUCUCUCCAGGCAAUGUGAUGACACCUCUUUGGGAAGAGCUUGCUAGCAAAACUGAAAACUCUUCUGUCACUAUUAAGGAGGGAGAAAAUGCACAGCUGAUUGGUCGAAUGGGCACAGAGGCUGAAUGUGGAUUGGCUGCCCUCUUCCUGGCAGCUGAUGCCACUUUCUGUACAGGGAUUGAUUUGUUUCUGAGUGGAGGGGCCGAACUUAACUACGGCUUCAAAAGCCAGAUUCAAUAACUGAACAAUGAUGAAAAAGUUUUUGAAAUGAUAAAAUAUGGUUUCAUUCCUGCUCUUAAGCUUUUUUAAAGGAAUAUUCCCAGUUUAAUACAAGCUAAUCGACAGCAUUUGUGACAUAAUGUUGAUUACCACAAAAAAUUAUUCUGACCUGUCUCUCCUUUUCUAUAAAAAAAAAAAAAAGCUAAAAUGAAAGUGAAUGGGGCCAAUUUUUGGAGGGUUUAAAGGCAGAAAUGUGAAAGGAGGGCCAAGUGGUAAUCAGUGUUAUGCGACUAAUGCUGUUGAUUGAGCUUAACUUGUAGUGAACCUGGAAUGUUCCUUUAAUGCUUACCUUACAGUGCUGCAAUUAAAUGCUGAUAUUUGCAGUCUCUGCACAAAUUAAGAAGUGUUAACUGGUCUGUAGAACCAAACUUUUUUCUAAAUAAUUGCACAAUUUCAAAUCAUAGAAAACAGGAGUAAAUAAACGAGUCCAUCAAAAGUUGCACACUUUGAAACAAACACAUAGGCCAAAAACUCAGUUAAUCAGUUACGAAUCAGUAAAAAGCACAUAGCUUGCUAUCCUCAAAUUCCUAUUGAUUUAUACCUGUGUUAUAUCAAGGCAUCCAUUAUUACAAUUUUACUGAAGAAAGUAUGAGAAUUUAGGUUAAAAAAAGUUUUUUUUAAUUUUUUUUAUGUUACUUGUAGCACUUUUACACUGACCCAUGUUAAAUAGUGUAUUGGUUGAUGAAUGUAAAGCUGACUACAAUGUUUUGACAAUGGAAGUGAAAGACAUUGCCUAUGAUUUACAGUAGAUAGUCAAUAGGAAGUUUGUGAGGUAUCCAUGAAAUCUGAUUUAAAAUUCUGUCUUUUGCAUUUUUGAAGAUAAAGUGAGAUAAUACUUAAGACAUUUUACAGUAUAAAAGGGACCUGAACAAUUUGCACUGUGAAUUACUGUGCCAUGACUGUUCUGUUGUUUACAUGUAAUCACACCCUUUUGCAUGGCUACAGACAUGCAGGCCAGUUUGUUACACAAUAAUAAAAUUUUAACUCUGUUG